ACAAGUUUUAAAACUAAUUUCGUGUAAUAUUUUUGAAACUUAAUUUGCAUUUUGUGUCUUUGAGAUAGUAGAUAUUUUGAAACGUUGUAUAAGUUCAUAGUGAAGUAAAAAGAUACAAGAAAUAAACCGUAAAUAUUGGAAUAUUCAGAGUGGAUUUUGACAGAUAAAAUAUCUUUAUUUUUAAUAUAUAAUUGGACAAACUGUAAUAUUUGUGUGGUUUUCAAUGUUAUCUACCUAAAACUAUCGAUAUUCUUACUGGCUACAUUAAUUGGGAAAAGAGAUAAAAUAUAAUAUAUCAAGGGAGUAAGGCAAUCAGGCGCACUUGACUAUAUGCAGCCCUCUGCUGCAAACUAUGUUCGUUUUGAAUACCGUGUGGAACAAGAAAUGGUGCAAUACCAUUUCAAUGGACAUAACCUCCUAGUGAACAAUUGGUGACAUAGGGCUGAGCCGACAUGGACUGGACGAUGGAGAUGGAUAUGGAAAUGGUGCAGAUGAUGUCCGCCGUCAACGGAGAGCCAUUGCUGAGGCGAGUGAAGCAAGAGGCUGAGCCGCCGCCGCAGUAUUCUCCAACUGAGCAACAUCGUCCUAUGGCGGUACUGGAGCCCUGUGCACUUGAAUUGGAACCAAAAGAAGAGGUCAGAUUCUGCGUUUCACCUGGUGAAGGCGGUAUCGUUGGGAACACAAGUCCAGAACAGCAGCACUGCUCGUCCACAACCGUAGCAGCUUCGAGCGGAGCGAGGGACGACGAGGCUCCACGUCGAUGGUGCUUAGUUUGCGGCGAUGUGGCGUCGGGGUUCCACUAUGGUGUUGCGAGCUGUGAGGCGUGCAAGGCGUUUUUUAAAAGGACGAUACAGGGAAACAUAGAAUACACGUGCCCGGCGUCAAAUGAAUGCGAAAUCAACAAAAGAAGACGAAAGGCAUGCCAAGCGUGCCGUUUUCGCAAAUGUCUAAGAACCGGAAUGCUGAGGGAGGGCGUGCGAUUAGAUCGCGUGCGAGGUGGGAGGCAGAAGUACCGACGCGCACCAGAUCAACUCACUCCAAACCAACCGCGACCACAACUGGAUGAUAUUAAGGUUUUAGAAGCUUUAUCAUCAUACGAGCCUGAGUUACUCACAUGCGGGGCUCCCCCAACCGGUUUGACCGAUCCGAGGGCCAGGACCCUCGCGUUACUUGCUGACCUGUAUGACAGGGAGCUUGUCGGCGUGAUCGGAUGGGCCAAGCAGAUCCCUGGCUUCACAGAUUUGCCACUAAACGAUCAGAUGCGGUUGUUACAAAGUACGUGGGCUGAGAUGCUGAGUCUGAUGGUUGCGUAUCGCUCUAUGUCAGCGGGUGGAGCCCUACGGUUGCGGUUCGCCGCAGACCUCGCGCUCGACGAGCAAGAGGCAAGGGACCUUGGGGCACACGAUCUAUACCUUCAGGUGACCGGCGUAGCGCGACGACUGGAGCGUGCGACUGCGCAUCGCGAGGAAUGCUAUUUAUUAAAGGCAUUGGCGCUCGCAAACUCCGAAGCACGUAUCGACGAGCACGCCGCGCUCAAACGUUUCCGUGACGCUAUACUUGCGGCGCUCAAUGACGCAGUCUCCGCGCUAAGGCCCUAUGCCAACGCGAACGGGGCCAUGCAACAACUCUUACUAGUGUUGCCGGCGCUUCGGCUCGCAGACGUCGCCGUGCGCCGCUUUUGGGCCUCCGUACAUCGCGACCGUCGCGCGCCUAUGAACAAACUAUUCGUCGAGAUGCUAGAAGCAUGUCUGCGGUAGGUUCCCAUCCCAAUCCAUUCCCUUAGCUUCUUCGGUGCCACGCGUCCUUAGACAUGUGUAGAUACCCUCAUAAUCAGUUGUUCCGACAUUAACAGGCUUGGAAACCGCCUUGGAUUUCCCGAACGGACUGAUUUACGGUUGUUAGACUGGUUGCGGCAAAGUUCGCCCGGAUGGAAAAAGAAAAGUUAUACUUUUGUUAAAUUUUAAGCUUGUUUCGACGUUAAUGAUAUUUGCGAUGGACUUCAGAUUUCAAUGCUAUAAAAGCAGCGAUCAACUAUACGUAUAUCAAAAAUUAAAAAGUCUCUACCCGCAUAAACUAUUAACUGUUGAUAAUUUACAUUUACACAUCAUAAAACGCACUGUAUUGCUUAGGUAAUACGACUCAAUUUUGUAAAAACAUACCAUGCAUCGCAAAGUGAUGCUCUUACCGUUUUCGACGCGUCGAUGUCGUAUCCUAGUAUAAGUUGAUAUAGCGACUGCGAGUAUGAUGUAAUGAUGAUGUGGAUCUCUUCGCCUUAGUUUACUGUGUAGCAUUUCUAUAUUUACUCUUUAUAUUUUCACAAUUGACACGUUUCGCCUCAGUCGUUGUGUAGCGCGCGGACGCGACCACGGAUCACUGAUCACAAUAACAUAUCACAGUGGAUCACAUAAAUGGAUUUGGUUGCCAUAUAGAAGCGGAUUCUGCAUUUAGCGGUACGGAAGUGGUGUUAUAUAUAUGUAGAGUGUAUAUAUAUUUAUGUGUCGACAGACACGAGUCUGUUUUAUGGCUGUGAAGUGGUGGAUCUUGGAAUUGAGAAUUCUAUUUCUUUGAGGGUUACAUUUUGAAGUCGCGUCCCCGCGUCUAGUGUACAAAAUGGAUGGAUCUAGUACAAAACUUGUUACUAUUUUUGUAUAAUAUUAAAAUUAUAUCUAGUUUUUACGGUACGGUGAGGUUUCGAGAUUAAAAUAUGGUCGAGGAAAAAAUCCGAUAUGUUGUGUUAUCUGGCUUAUAUUUGGCGUAUAACAUAGGGGAUAUUCAAAAGAUUUUCGGAAUCAUCCCGUUCAUACUAUUUUGGGAACUUAUUUUUUUUUUUUAUUUGAGCUAAUCAAAAAAUAAUAUUUGAUUAAAACAUUCUUUACAUUUAUUUCUUGAUAAUAAAGAUAACAAACGUUUAUAUUUUCUGGAACAUAUGCAUGAUAAUUAGCAUACUUUGAGGUAAUAAGUAUUUUCACCAUAAUAUUACUUACUAUCUCAAAGCUCUGUAAAAAUUAGUUUUUUGGUUUUUUAGUUGAUUGGAAAAUCAUUUUGUUCCUAUUUAGAUGACGUCUUGUACAGUUAGAUUUUCGUUUAUUGAAAUGUGACUAUGUAAAAAGAAACAUCAAGCAUUCACACGUGCUUUUAUCACUGUUACGUGUAACUGUAGUUUAAGUGCUAAACUAUUAGUAAUGUACUAAGACGUAGAGGCAUUGUUUCCCCGACUGUAAAUAACUUGUAAAUGUCAUCCACGGCAGCCGUAUUCGGCUUUCUAUUUGUUUUAUCGUUUUAUUCUGUACGUAGUACUUUUACACUUUUUCACUGUUGUCGGUGUUUUCAGUUUAAAUAUAGGAUCGAACAAUCGGCUUUUAAAUAAUAUGUCAAAGUACCUAUUAUGAAGCCAUCCGGUUCGAUGGACCAAAAAAUAAAGUCUAUGUUUGAAACUCGAAAAAAAUAUUCAAUCUCAGACUAAAGUAGCGGGAUGGCUUCUUGACAGGUAUGCUACUGUCCAUAUAAUAUGCAUAAGGGUUAUAUCAAUCUUUAUUCACACAUAUUUCUAUAACAAAGCAAUCUAUUUUUAGAGCUGUUCCACUAAUAAUAAAUUAUAUAUAUUUUUUCCACAACAACCAGAUCAAAUAUUUUUUAAAUUGUUGUAAAAAUAUACUGUUAAUCAUAGUCAACACAUAAAACAUAUGUACAUAAAAGUGUUAUGUAUUUAAUAGCUUAAAAAGUGGAACAGUAUUAUUAAUAUUAAAUACCUCAAUAACCUGUUACCAUUCACAUUCACCUAGGUUUGCUGUAAAAGAAAAGAGUGUUUUGUCUUAAAUAGUCAUAAUUUUGAGGUAAUUAAGUAUGUGUUUUUUUAUAUUUUAUUAAAUUUGAUUUGUUUUUAACUUAUCAAGUGCAUUAUAAAUUUAUACAAAUACAAUAGUCUCGAAGCAAUCAGUUAAAUGUUUAAUUUAUCAAGGCGUUGCCAACAAAGUUUUUGGAACAAAUAUUUAGACAUAAACAUUAUUUUCACAGCAAACGCCUAUAAGAAUGCUAAAUAAACUUUAUUACAUAAGUAAAAACUUAUUGCGAUCGGUAAAGUAUCUUUUGAUGAUCUGAAAGAAAAAUGGAUUUUAAGUAUAGUGUAUAUAAUUGUUAUAAAUUUUGAAUAUAUCAAUCUACAGAAAGAAUAUUAUGUACCUAAAUUAUUAUGCAAUCAUGUAUAGUUUUGAAAACAUUUGUCAAUUUGUAUUGGGAAAGAAAUAAAUCACAAGAUUUUACUGAUCGUAAAUAAAAUCAAUAUUUUAUACAUUAGAGAAUCCGUCAAAAUAUGUAAAAGAUUACUGCUAUAUUAAAAUAGAACACUUCAUAAAUUACUUUUAACAGUAGAAUUCUAUAUAGGCUUAACAUAAUGUUUAAGUAACAGACAUUUUUUCUUUUAAUUGAAUGCAAUUUUGAAAUAAAACAAAGCAUACUUUACAGACUCUUUGUAAUUACUACAAAGUAAAAUUUGACGGAUCUCAUAAUGAAACUACAAAUAUCUAUCGUUAAAAACGAUAUAUGAUAAUUUUAAUUUCCAGUGAAUUAUUUAAAGCUUACUGCUGUAGUUAUUCUUAUGUUAAGAAUAUUCGAGUUAUUUAUAGUUUGUAAAUGAGUCGAUGUUUUAGCGCUGGACCCUUGCGGUGCGUCUCAUUUCAGCGGAGCAUAGAGACAAAGAGGAUGUGUAAGAAUAUUUCAGUCAGAUUCAAGGUGUUUUUUUUGGGAUACUACACAAAGGGCGUUUUAUUAUCUAUAAAAACGACAAAAAAAUCAUGUCUGUUGUAUGAAAGCCCCCUUAAAAAAAUAUUCAUUUUAUUCUGUUUUUAGUAUUCGUUUUUAUUGCGGCAACAGAAAUACUCACUAUCAGGGUUCAGGAGAUACAGCUUGGUGACAGACAGACUGGACAGUGGAGUCUUAACUCUUAGUAACCAUUCAGUCGGGACAGUUAUAGCCUUUUAGUAUGGAAAACGGUUAAAUAAGAAAAAAAACACUUAAAAAGACCUACUCAUAUAGAAACACCCUCUUUUAGGUACACUGAGAAGUAAUUUGACUAGUAUAUUCUUUUGCGCAUCUUUAAGAAGCUUCCGAUUAAUUGAGAACGCGCCUUUAUUUGCAGUGAUAUUAACCUUGUUUUGUCGUUCAAUUUGACGGUUCAGUUUGAGGUGUCAAAUUUGACAUAACUUAAUGCGAGUUCAAUGUCAUAUCGAAUACGGGCCCUAGUGCGAUAAUGUACAAAAAUGUGAGUUGUGCCAGUUUGUUAUGAUAUCGCUGUUGCAGCGCUGGUGUGAUAGAUGUACAAAAUGUGAGAUGUGCCAGAUUAGUUGUUAAGUUUAAUUUUUUAUUUGAUGAUCGAUCGAUUAUUACUAUCGAAAAUACAACAUUUUAUAAUGUUAAAUCAUCUGAAUAGUUGUAAAGAUACAAAUAUGUAUUAUAGUAUCAUAUUCGAUCUACGUUUUUUAAUCACUUUUUUUAAUGUUUAGGCUAAAUCUGACAUAAGUUUAUGUUUCAGAUAUACCUUUUUAUGUCUUACUUAACAAUAACUUUAAUUUUCUGGUAUAUAACAAUCACGAGUCACUUAGCUGUGAAAGUUCGAAGUUUUUUUUGAUAAUCGAUGUACACUGAUAUAUGUCAUUCACAGUUACAUGUACCUAUCUUGUUUUCAUUUUUGUAUUCUGUAACGUAAUGUACGUGUUUUCGUCCAUCAUUUUGUUUCAUGUUACUAACAAAAUGGCGGCAUCUAAAGGUUGUGCUUGAUAGUAAUAACGGGACGAUAUUUUUCGUAGAGAAACUAGAGCUGUCUCUUAUUUGUAUUGAAUGAGUUGUAUGUUUAUUCGUUUACAAUGUUAUUAUUAAUAUGAAACUGGUCUCGGAGAUAAUGUGAAAUAAAUUACAAAAUAACUGAAA